AUGGUUCCUCUAACCUUGGAAAGUCCCUUCCAACAAUUCACGGCUCCAUACCCCUCCUGGCCACACGUGCAGCAUGUUCCUCUUCUUCCUUUCCUCUCCCGACUGUUUGACCUGGCCCGUGAAGAGGGAGUCACCCCCGAGAUCCUCGGCUGUGUUCUUCCCCACUCAUCAUCUCUGGCUUUGCUUUUCAACACCAUUCACACAGGAGGAAGGCCAUUAAAAUGGUUGCAGUAUAAAAAGAGCUUCAAUCAAAAGAAACGCCUUAUUCAUCAGGCAACUCACAAAAGAGAAAGGCUGUGUAAAUGCUUGCAAUGUGGAAAGAGCUUCAGUCACAAGAAUGUCCUUAUUAUUCAUCAGGCAACUCACACAGGGGAGAAGCCAUUUAAAUGCUUGCAGUGUGAAAAGAGUUUCAGUCACAAGCACGACCUUAUUAGUCAUCAAACAACUCACACAGGAGAGAAGCCAUUUGGAUGCCUGCAGUGUGGAAAGAGCUUCAGUCUAAAGGGAAGCCUUAUUCGUCAUCAGGCCACUCACACAGGAGAGAAACCAUUUAAAUGCUUGCAGUGUGAAAAGAGCUUCAGUCGGAAAUCACACCUUGUUUGUCAUCAGGCAACUCACACAGGAGAGAAGCCAUUUAAAUGCUUGCAGUGUAAAAAGAGCUUCAGUCAAAAGCAGCAUCUUAUUACUCAUCAGGCAACUCACACAGGAGAGAAGCCAUUUCAAUGCUUGCAGUGUGAAAAGAGCUUCAGUCUAAAGGGAAGCCUGAUUCGUCAUCAGGCCAUUCACACAGGAGUGAAGCCGUUUCAAUGCUUGCAGUGUGAAAAGAGCUUCAGCGAAAAGAGAAGCCUUAUUAAUCAUCAGGCCACUCACACAGGAGAGAAGCCAUUUAAAUGCUUGCAGUGUGAAAAGAGCUUCAGUCACAAGAACGGCCUUAUUAGUCAUCAGGCAACUCACACAGGAGAGAAGCCAUUUCAAUGCUUGCAGUGUGAAAGGUGCUUCAGUCACAAGCACAACCUUAUGAGACAUCAGGCAACUCACACAGGAGAGAAGCCAUUUAAAUGCUUGCAGUGUGAAAAGAGCUUUAGUCUAAAGGGAAACCUUAUUAGUCAUCAGGCCACUCACACAGGAGUGAAGCCGUUUCAAUGCUUGCAGUGUGAAAAGAGCUUCAGUCACUACCACGACCUUAUUCGUCAUAAGGCAUCUCACACAGGAGAGAAACCAUUUAAAUGCUUGCAGUGUAAAAAGGGCUUCAUUCAAAAGCAGCACCUUAUUACUCAUCAGGCAACUCACACAGGAGUGAAGCCAUUUCAAUGCUUGCAGUGUGGAAAGAGCUUCAGUCUAAAGGGAAACCUUAUUAGUCAUCAGGCAAUUCACAAAGGAGUGAAGCCAUUUCAAUGCUUGCAGUGUAAAAGGUGCUUCAGUCGCAAGAACAUUCUUAUUAGUCAUCAGGCAACUCACACAGGAGUGAAACCAUUUCAGUGUUUUCAGUGUGAAAAGAGCUUCAGUCUAAAGGGAAACCUUAUUAGUCAUCAGGCAAUUCACCAAGGAGUGAAGCCAUUCAAAUGCUUGCAGUGUGAAAAAAGCUUCAGUCACAAGCACGUCCUUAUUCGUCAUCAGGCAACUCACACAGGAGACAAGCCAUUUCAAUGUUUGCAGUGUGAAAAGAGCUUCAGUGAAAAGAGCAGCCUUAUACGUCACCAGGCAACUCACACAGGAGUGAAACCAUUUCAGUGCUUGCAGUGUGAAAAGAGCUUCAGUCAAAAGGUAAAUCUUAUUAGUCAUCAGGCAAUUCACAAAGGAGUGAAGCCAUUUAAAUGCUUGCAGUGUGAAAAAAGCUUCAGUCACAAGCACGUCCUUAUUCGUCAUCAGGCAACUCACACAGGAGACAAGCCAUUUCAAUGUUUGCAGUGUGAAAAGGGCUUCAGUCAAAAGCACAGCCUUAUUCGUCAUCAGGCUACUCACACAGGAGAGAAGCCAUUUCAAUGCUUGCAGUGUGAAGAGAGCUUCAGUCACAAGCACAAACUUAUUAGUCAUCAGGCAACUCACACAGGAAAGAAGCCAUUUCAGUGCUUGCAGUGUGGAAAGAGCUUCAGUCGAAACUCACACCUUUGCCAUCAGGCAACUCACAAGGGAGAGUAGCCAUUUAAAUGCUUGCAAUGUGAAAAGGGCUUCAGUCAAAAGCACACCCUUAUUGGUCAUCAAGCAACUCACACAGGAGUAAAGCCUGUUAAAGGAUAUCAGUGUGAAAAGAGCUUCACUCACAAGCAUGUCCUUAUUAGUCAUCAGGCAACUCACACAGGAGAGAAGCCAUGUAAAUGCUCAGUGUGAAAAGAGCUUCAGUCAGAAAUCACACCUUGUUUGUCAUCAAGCAACUCAAGGCAGAGGAAAACUAUCUGUUUUCCAUCUGUCGGGGGUGCUUUGAAUGCGAUUUCCUGCUUCUUGGCAGGGGGUUGGACUGGAUAACCCAUGAGGUCUCUUCCAACUCUACUAUUCUACUAGAGUGUGGAAAGAUCUGCAGUUAAAACACAAGACUUCUUUUUUAAUUAUCAACCCAUAUGGAAGAAAUGGGGUAAAAGGAAGAUCAUUUGUGUUACAUCAGAGUGGGCAUGAAUCUUUGUUAUAGAAACACUAAGUUAAAAAGCCAUGGCUUUUGUGGGAAAUAAUAAUCUGACCAAUAUCUCAUUAAGCAUAACUAAUAAUAUUUUGAGAGCUAAAGGAAGGAUAUUUCAAGUUUUCUUUUAGCCAUUCAUGAACAUUGGUUACUGCAAAUAUUUCCUGUCAUGUAUAUGCAGGGUUAGAAAUACAUUUAAUUGAGAUGUUUGAUUCAAAGUGUGGGAAUGGGUUUAAUUAAUGACUAACAGCCCUGUAUUUCAUGUAGUUAUAUAUAUAUGUGGGACUGAAUUUUCUAGUAUGAAAUAACUAAGAAAGAAUCACUGAUGAAUUAUCUUCUAUCUAUUCAUGUAUACAGAAUACUGCGAAUGUUUCUUGUCCUAUCUAUAACAUAUAAAUAAUAAUAAAUCUAUUAACGAUGUAUGUGUGUGUAUUAAAUGCCCCAAAAUAGAUGGUGUUUCUUAAAACAUGUAGGUGAAAAUCUAGUUUAACCUGAAGAAAAGGCUUGUUCAGAAUUCUGGGUCUCUUUCUGUAUGUUAUAAUAUUAAUGGAAUGAUUUUACAUUGAGUCUAUUUACAAAGGUCUAAAGGAAAAAAUCUGAAUGAUGAUUUCCUUUAGAUCAUCUGGUUGGUUGUGAGCUUGGAAUGUCCUGGCUGAAAAUUAAUAAGGCAAUUUUAAUCCAUUCAAACAGGGAGAUAAGGUUAUUCCCACUUAGAAUUGCUUUUGUCCUUUAAAGCAACUUUCCUCAACCUUGAUCUUUUCUCCAGAUUGACUAGAAAACAAUCUAUUAAGAUUUUGCAAGGGACAUUGGUAAUGUAACAUGUCUAGAAACUGUCAUAUUGGGAAAGACUGUCCUAAAAUAUAUUUUUCCUAUAUGUUGUGUUAACCUAAUGUUUUAUGCUCCUGAGAUCCCCAUUCCUUCCCUUUGGGGGAAACCUUGUUCCUGAACCCAAAGAUGUCUUGCAUCCCACACAAUUGUACAGCCUGGAGGGAAGAAACCAAGCUGGGAACUUCCUCAUUAAGUUCCCAGUUUGAAUUAAGUUCCCAGUUUCACCUAUAAUUUUGGACUUUACCUGGACAUUGCAACACAAUACUUCAAUUCAGACGGGGAAAUUACCUCUCCCUAUCCUUGGGGAAGAACCAGUUUCACCACCCUGCACCUUUGAUGAACAGGACCUCUCGCAUCGGAAGGAAUCUGCAUGUCUACAGCCAAACCCCAACCUCUGUCAUUUUGCAUAAUUGUAUUAAUAUAUGAUGUUUUGUUUCUCUGGGGUCUGGAAUCGCCAGCCCAGCCCUAUUAAUGGGCCAUGCCAUGUUCAUCUCAUAAGACAAUAGCAUUCCUGGGUAGGGCCAGAAAAUGCCAUCAAUCACUUUAUUUUUCCUGUUCAGUAAAAGGAACCCUAUUCAUCAAUGCUUAAUCAUCCCUUGUCCCAGCCCACACUGGCCAGUGAGCCAACCCCCUCUCUGUGACUGGCCAGAAUUAAAGGCUUGGUUGCAGCCUAUGUAUAAAAAGGGCUCUGAAACUGUAUUCUGUGUGCUAUCUAUGAAUGUAUCACUAGCUAGCAUCUUACCUGCAGAUAAUAAAAUUUUCCUUGGCUGAAAAUCA